AGUAAACGACAGUGGUUUGGUCGGUUGCCGUGGUAGCAGAGCCUAACCGUAAGUUUAGCUCCGUUUAGUCCACUGCGAGUCUCUUAUCGAUAUCGGCUCUCAAAAGAUCCGACAACACAGCACUAGGCUAAUGUCGAAUUGAGUGUGUUGAGUGUAUUUUGCUCAUUGCUGUUUGUCAGUUAGUGCGACCGAAAUGACCUCACUCGAUCACGGUAUAAACUUUUCGUUCCUGACAUAUUCCAGUGUUGGCCCAUCGAAAUUAUCGGAUUAAGUUUUGGUGUGUUUGUGUUCAGUGAUCGCAAACGUUACUUCCUAAAUGAUGGCUGAACAGCAACGCGAGGCUCCAGAACGAGAACUGGAGCAACAGAUCUUGCAAAUGAAGAAGCAGCAUCAGCUGCAACAUCAGAUACUGCUGCAGCAUUUCCAGCAACAGCAGCAGCACCUAGCCGAGCAGCAUGAUCUGCAGCUCAAACAAUAUUACAAGGAGUUUUGGGAACGUCAAAAACAUUUACAGGAACUAAGACAACGCGAACAACUGGAGGCUCUCAGGAAAAAGGAGAAACACGAAGAAAGCGCGGUUGCUUCUACGGAGGUUAAACACAAAUUACAGGCAUUCCUGAGACAGAGGGCUUCUGGUAGUUCUAACAAAACGCCUCGAGUUGAAAGUCCUUGCUGGUCCAAGAACAUGGAUACAAGUACAGAUGGCAUUCCUAAUAGCAACGAUUUUCCUUUGAGAAAAACAGCUUCCGAACCGAACCUGCUCAAGGUCCGACUGAAGCAGCGCGUCAUGGAACGACGUUGCAGUCCCAUGAGCAAACGCCACCUCCCACCACCGCUCAAGAAGAAGCUGCUGAGCUCCUGUCUACCUCCCAGCGAGUCGCCGCCUCAAGAACCCCCCAAAGAGCUCAGUCCCCCCUGCGAGUCGGACGAGUACCAGAGCCACGCCCUCUUCAGCAGCCCAUCGAUGCCCAACAUCUCCUUGGCUGCCCACCACGUCUUUUCCACCGACCUCUCCGAAGCCGCCCUGAGGGCUGCUUGCACAGCGCGGCUGGGGAUGCCGCUCACUGGCCAGAUGCUACCCGGUACCCUGCCUUUCUACCCCUCCCUGCCUGCCAUAGAGAGCGAGCAUGAGGAAACCCCGCUAGACACGAUAAGCGAGCUUCAGGAGCCUCAGCAGAGAGGGGUUAUAAGGCCGCUUGGUAGGACGCAGUCCUCACCGUUACCUCUAGGUCAUCCCCUGUUGGAGGGGCCGCCACCUCCGAUACUGCAGCCGCCUCAACCACCGCCUGAGGAGGAGCAGAAGGAUGUGGAACUGAAGGACAACGAAUCUAGGAGUAUAAGGCCCUUGUCGAGAGCAGUAAGCAGUCCAGUAGUCCACCUUGGUGUCCCUGAACCUCCAACGCUGUGCCGUAGACGAUCCUCCACUUCACCAACCACAGGCCUCGCCUACGACAACCAAAUGCUCAAGCACGCCUGUAUAUGCGGCAACAACAUCGUACAUCCCGAGCAUGCAGGUCGUUUACAAAGUAUAUGGUCGAGACUUCUGGAGACAGGCCUAGUAGCCAGAUGCGACAGGCUAAGACCACGCAAAGCCACCACUCAAGAACUACAAACCUGCCAUACUGAAACCCAUACGCUCUUGUAUGGCACCAGCUCACUCAAUAGACACAAAAUGGACACUAGUAAAGUAACCUUCGUUAGACUUCCUUGCGGUGGUAUCGGGGUAGACAGUGAUACCACUUGGAACGAAAUGUACACAGCGUCAGCAGCCCGUAUGGCAGUUGGAUGCACUGUAGAUCUGGCCGUUAGAACGUGGACGGGAGAUAUAAGGAACGGGUUCGCCAUAGUACGACCACCAGGUCAUCACGCCGAGCCUCAACAAGCCAUGGGAUUCUGUUUCUUCAAUUCCGUAGCCAUUGCCGCUAGGAUACUACAACGAGAGCACAGGGUUCACAAAAUCCUCAUAUUCGACUGGGGUAUGCACCACGGGAACGGCACCCAAGACAUAUUCUACAGCGACCCGAGAGUUCUAGUCAUUUCUCUUCAUAGGUACGAAAAUGGUAACUUCUUUCCGGGUACUGGUAGUCCUGGUGAUUGCGGUGUCGGAGAAGGCUUAGGUUUCAACGUUAACAUAGGAUGGAAUGGAGGUCUGAAUCCUCCGUUGGGUGAUGCCGAAUAUUUGGCCGCUUUUCGAAGUGUAAUACUGCCCAUAGCUAAAGAGUUCUGCCCUGAUAUAAUUUUGGUUUCGGCAGGGUUUGAUGCUACAGAUGGUCAUUUGCCACCAUUAGGUGGUUACAGGGUUACACCUGCUUGUUAUGGUUACAUGACCCGUCAGCUGAUGCAGCUUUGCGAUGGAAGGGUAGUACUGGCUUUGGAAGGAGGAUACGAUCUUCCUUCCAUCUGCGAUUCGGCUGAAGAAUGCGUGAAAGUAUUACUUGGAGACACUCCGUCGGAGAUGUGUCCUUCGGAGCUAUCGAGAGCACCUUGUCACAACGCUGUGUUGAGUCUGCAAGAGGCCAUGUCUGUACAGAUAAAGCAUUGGCCCUGUCUACAGAUGUCGUCCAAAUCGGCGAUGUGUUCCCAUAAUGAUGCCGUACGGAGUGAGAAAGAAGACAAGGAUACGGUGUCUGCAAUGGCCAGUCUAUCCAUGCAGCAUCAGCACCAAUCGAUGAUGUCGCCCCCUAGGGUUUUGAUACAGCAAGGUUUCCAAUCGCUGAAAUGUCAGGACGCUGGCCGUCCGAUGGACUGAAAUCGGGACGUUUACUUCUUUUUAUCAUUUCCCUACACUCCUCAUUUCAAUUGAACAUUCCUGGUGGCACUAUUUCGUCACUAAUAUUAUUAAGAUCAAAAUAAUCGUGUGUUUUAUUUUUGUUAAUAUAUUGAAGAUUUUUAAUAAAACAAUUUAUUUAC